CACAAAAUCUCCAUUACACCCAUGCGUCACGUCAGGAGAUGUAUCAGAAGUAGGUAGCAUGGUCUUAUGUAUGAUGAGAAUGGUUUCACCCAUCACCUGUGCUUCAAGUGGUUUGCCCCACUAUUCAGCCAGCCUACCCUGAAUGAGUCAUCCUGCUCUUUCCUGAUUGGCCGGUCGGGAUCCAUCCCGAGGGAUUGCCGUGCAGAAAGCUGCCAAGGCCUGACUUCAUUCACAGAAUCGUCGGCAGGCAGAAAAGCGAUUCGCAGGGAGAGACUGCAGUGUGAUCGCCGCAGCCGUGCAAGAGCUUGUGAAUGAGUGCCGCUCAUGAGUCGAGCUCCUCUGGACAUUCUUCAUGAAUGGCUCGAUUUUAAUGUCGUGGGUUUGAUGCCGCUGGUUUUUUUUUUUAAUGGGACUGAGAGAUCUGACAUCACUGGUUCAACUGAAUCUGGAUGGCGUUUCAGUAAGAUUGCAUCUCGACAUUGUGUGUUUGAGGGAGACGUUAAAUUAUUUAACAAAGCUCAUUCAGGAGAAAAACUAGGCUUGUUUUGAAGGUCUGAGAGAUGGAAUUAUGCCGAUAUUUGGUAAUAUUUGAGGACGAACAGAUGUGACGAGCUGUUGAACAAAGAGAUUAAACCGUAUUGGUCUUGAGGUUUAAAUUUGACCAGGUUUUCCAUAAACUGCGGCGAUGGAUAAGACAGGUAGAAACUACCAGAUCGACAAGGUUGCGGGCGAAAGGUGAUUGUAUUUGAAUUUAGAUUAUUCUGUAAUUAAUGCGGUGGAUUAUUAUUUCGUAAUCAAAGACUAUGGUUCAGCGUCUGUGUGAGAUGCUACUGAAUGAAUAAAAUCUAGAAAAUUAGUGAUCGCCACAAACUCAAGUUUCUUUAUGCGUACAUUCAAUUGAAAACCUUUCGCUUCUUAUGCAAUGUUGCAUUGUUUUAGUCUUAACUUCAUUCUGAGGUUCGAUUGUUUUUUGUACGAUUGAUGGAUUGGUAGAGCAAUCUUUUCAGUUAUAUGCUUUAGUUUAGUCGCAUGAACCAAAUCAAACCAGGAGGCGUUCCUAUGGACAGGGCAAAUUUUGAGAAUUGAUUGGUCCUACCGAGCUGUAAGUGGGAGUUUUUUUUGUAACAGAAAGUGCUCUGCAGUGUUGAGUGACUCUUUUGUUGAGAAGGGUCUCUCUCUCUUUCUCUCUCUCUCUCUUUCUCUCUCUCUCUCUCUCCCCGAGUGAGUCAUGCAUGUUCUGGGAUCUGCCAGGAUGCGGGGAGAGAGAGAGACAUCUCUUCACUAGAGCUCUGUCUCUCUCCCUGCCAUCUCUGGCCCUCUGUAGAGGAGCGACCUCGCGCUGCUUUUCUCUCGUCGUCCUCUUGUCUCCAUGGAUUCCGCGUUUUGUGGUUUAUUUUUGGUCUCUGAGCUGCUGUGCAGCAUCGGAUUUUCCUGACAGUAGCGUCCACAGCAAAAGCCCUCGGCCACGAUCAACACCGUCUUCAGCCCAGCGAGCAGCUGCUCGCCGCCCGCGUAAGGACGGUUUCUCGGGUCCAGCAUGCUAAAGAAGCGGACGGUCAGCCGGGUGUCCCUUCGUGCGUAGACCGGCAUACAGAGGGGAAUGCUUCACCGUGCUAAAUACAACCGAUUCCGGAAUGAGUCAGUGACGUCCGUCGAUGAGCUUCUGCACGGUCUCUCCAUGAACGCCAAGGUCUCGGCCGUCCCGCCGUCACCACCCGUGGGCGACCCUCCCUACGCCCCGCCGGCCGAGGUCUUGCCCCCCGACCCCGCCGAAGAGUCUGGAACCACUCUGUGCACCCUCAUCAACAAAGUCUCCAACCUCAAAUUCGCCAACUCCUCCGGGCUGCUGGGCAUCAAGGGCCUGCCGUCCGCCGUCAAGGACCUGGCCGUGUCCAAGCUCCAGGGAGGGGCGGGGGGAGGCGGCUCCGGCAGCCCUAGCUCAUCCGCACUCCCGGCGGGCAGCUCCGGACCGCCGCACGUCCCGCCGGAGCCUGGCUCCGGGAGCUCGGGGAAGAAGGUGAGGAUGGAAGAGCCUCCGCACGGUGGAGAGGGCUGGAACCUGGCCAGCGCCAGCUGCGAAGGGCUGGUGAAUAAGCCGUGUCGCGGGUGGCUGCACUCCAGUGAAAAGAUUUCCGGACCUGGAGUGACGUACGUCGUUAAGUACUUGGGCUGUAUUGAAGUUCUUCGGUCCAUGAGAUCUCUGGACUUCACCACGCGAUCCCAAAUCACACGGGAGGCGAUCAGUCUGGUGUGUGAAGCUGUCCCUGCUGCCAAAGGAGCUCUGCGCAAGAAAAAGCCUCCCUCUAAACUUCUGUCCAGUAUUUUGGGAAAGAGUAACCUGCAGUUUGCUGGUAUGAGUAUCAAUCUCAACAUCUCAACCAGCAGUUUAAACCUAAUGACACCAGACUCCAAACAGAUAAUAGCCAAUCAUCACAUGCAGUCCAUCUCUUUUGCUUCUGGUGGAGAUCCAGACACGACCGACUUCGUGGCGUAUGUAGCGAAAGAUCCAGUUAAUCGUCGAGCGUGUCAUAUUCUGGAGUGUUCUGAUGGUCUGGCUCAGGAUGUCAUCAGUACCAUCGGUCAGGCGUUUGACCUCCGCUUUCAACUCUACCUGCAGUGUCCAUCCAGCAAACCCUCAUCCAUGCCGGACAGGGUCAUGAGUACAGAUGAACCACCGUGGACCGAAGAAGGGGAGGAGUCAGCCGAUCAUCAUUACUACAACAGUAUUCCCGGCAAAAUGCCACCCCCAGGCGGCUUCAUUGACGCUAGACUGACCAGUCAGAUGCAAGACAGCAGCCAGGCCGCUGGAGUCGACCAGACGUACUAUCAAGGUCGACCCAUGUUCAUCCAACAAGGGUCCUGUGACAUAUAUAGUCUCCCUGAGUUCAAAGGUCAGACGCCUAAACCAGGAGAGGUCCCUACAUAUGUAAAUACGCAACACAUUGACACGCAGGUGCUCGCGGCACUCCAAGGUGACACAGAGACGGCGUCUGAUACAACCGGGGCAUCUAAAGACAGUCCAAUGAAGGACCUUUUUGACAUGAAGCCGUUUGAAGAUGCGAUCAUGACUCCUAAUGCAGGUCCUCCCGCCGCAGAGCUUCAUAAAGUGGCAUCUGUGGAUAACUCCAGCCCACUGCUGGUGCGAGCAGCUGCCCUCAGAGCUCAGGAGGAGCUUGAAGACCAGGCCUGGUAUCACGGAGAGAUGAGCCGACGACAGGCAGAGAAACUGCUGCUCCACGAUGGUGACUUCUUGGUGCGGAAGAGCACCACAAAUCCAGGCUCGUACGUCCUGACGGGAAUGCACAACGGAUUGGCUAAACACCUCCUGCUGGUGGAUCCGGAGGGCACGGUUCGGACAAAAGAUCACAUAUUUGACAGCAUAAGCCACCUGAUUGGCCAUCACCGUGACAACAACCUGCCAAUCGUCUCGGCGGGAAGCGAACUGUGUUUGAAGCAGCCGGUUGAAAGAAAACCUUAAACACGUGGGACGGGAACCCACCUCUAUUUCACGAAAACACGCUCGGAUGACUUUCCCAUCAGGAGCGUGAUGACUGUCAAACGUUUCGAGGUGACCGUAAAGACGGAGGACAGCGAAACCAUUUUGAGAUACCAGUGGACGAUUUAUUUUGGACGAUGAGCUGUUAGAUUUAUUUUACUUGCGCUGGCUGAGAAUCUAUAUUUUUGAAGAAGACUUUGAUGGGUUUGAAGCAGAAAUGACAGAUAUAGUUUAGAUGAACGUAACUCCAUCUCAAAGAGGGUUGAGGUGAAAACUAGAUAAACAAAAAGUAUUUUAGAAUAAAAAAAGUUUUAGUUUUGUCUAUCAAGCACAACUGGAUUUUCAUGUUUGUUGGUAAACGAUAGAAGAAAAAUCAUAUUUGAGAAAAAAACUAAAGCUGUUGUUUAUAUGGAUUUAUUUGAGGUCCUUAGCGCAGAUUAUUUGGUAGCUUCUAUCAAAUCACUGUUUUAUGCUUUUCAGACGGAGGAUAUGAAUGUGUUUGCUUUAACACAAAUCACACGCUGCACGUACACACUUUAAAACACACGCACACACACACACACGCGGCUUUAAAGUACCUACAGUACAUUUUUCUAUGACGUUGAAACCUGUGGCACUCGCAUGACUUUAAAACCGUAUUGUAUUUGUGGUCAUUGUUGGUAGCAUCAGAGCCCAGCAGAGGUGCUUGUGUGUGUUUGCUCACAGUGUUAAAUAAUUCUGCUUUCAUUCACUUUAGUUCUUACUUCUUUAAACUUGUCAACGGUGUGUAUUUGUUCGGUCGAGGGCUUUCAUUUCUACUUUGGAUGUUUUGAUUUUUAUGGUUUGGCUGUGGGCUUCACAAACAGACACAGUGAUGUUAUAAUUAUUCUUCUGAUUAUUAUUUGAAAUUAAAGAAUUAUAAAUGAAUAGCACAAUCAAUGCUUUUGUGGGUGACAAA